ACAACGAGUGACGAACAACCCAGACCCUCGCCAUCCCGCAUCCCCGAUGGCCGACGCCUCUUCCUCCAGCGGCGGCCGCGGCGGCGGGCCCCACUCUUCCGCCUCAUCAUCCACCACCACACACCCCUCGCCGGUGUCCCUCGACGGCGGCCUCCUCCUCCGCCUCCUCCAAAACCCUCCCCCUACCCACCCGCGCGCUGAAACCCUCGCCCCAGCCCCCGUCGCGCACCACUUCUUCGUCGAUCCCGCCGUCGCCGCCGUGGGCCCCCUCUUCGCCGCCCCGCCACAGAUGCAGGAGGGCAGCUUCGCAUGGUCCUCCGCCUCCGCUCCGCAGCCGCAGCCGCAGCGGCACCAGCUCCGGUUCCCCGAUCACCGAUUCGCUCCCGGAGAACCCUACGCUGCUCUAGGCAGCGGCGGCGGCGGCGGCAGGGGGUUCGGAUCUGGGGAUGCGGCCAGGGCUGAGAGGCCUCGGCCGGGGGCGCCACCGCCUGGGUUUGGCAAGCCGUUGCAUCCGCUCGCUGCUGCCCGUGAUGCCUCGGAUACGUUUGGUGGAGCACCCAGCAGGGAGCAGAACCACCAUCGUCACAGGGGUUUGUGUAGGACGUCGAAUAAAGAACUACAGACUGCUCUACCUUUUGCUGGUGGUCGCGAGGCCCUUGGCAGAAUGCCUCACGCAGAGCAGCGGGCAAUGCCAAAUAUUGGUGGUCGUGAUGCAGCUGAAGGUGUGAUGUACAGGGAGCAGCAGCAGGAUCGCCUUUUGUCAUGGACACAGCCUGAUAUGAACACCAAUAGAUCGUUUGGCAGGAUGCCUCUUAGAGAGCAGCAUACACUUCCUAUCACAGGUGGUAGAACGCUACAUGGAGAUCAGUAUACACAUCCAAUCCAAGGAGGCAGGAUGCAGCAUAGUGAUCAAGGUCAGCAGGGACCCUUCUUAACCAACACGGCACAAAGGGAGCAGAUGUGGCAUGGAUUUAAGGAGGAAAAGGACCAUGCUGUGCGGAAACUGCCAAGUGCUAAUGUCCACGAUACAUUUGGUAAGGCACCGGUAAAGGAACUGCACCAUGUGAUAGUACCUGCUGGCAGUUCAGUUCCGGUGGGUCUCUGGGAGGAUCAAGUGAAUUGUUUGGAAGAUGACAGCCUAAGGGAAGUAGUCUUGGAGCAUGGAAUAGAUGGAAAGGUGGUAAAGGCAAAUAUUGAAGUAUCAUAUCAAAAGAGCAAGUUUAGAUUUGCUGGGCAGGAUGUAGAAGAAGAAAAUGAUGUGGGGGAGGAGGGUUCUAUAAUUGAGCAGAUGACAGAAAGUCUGGUGAUUGAUGACAAUGUUGAGGCCAAGGGAGUAUUAUUGCAAAAAACUGCCCCAAGGAGUAAGGAUUUCAGAUCAGACUUCUCAAGAGGACAUCAUGUAUCAAGCCAGCGAAUAAGAUUUCAGAGAAGGAACAGACCAUGUCGAUAUGACAUAGAUCGAUUCACACCUAGUUUCUUGUCAAUUUUUGAAUCAUUGGUCCCCUCAGAGGAGGAAAUUGCAAAGCAGAAGCAAUUGUUGACAUCUCUAAGCAGAAUAAUAAACAAGGAAUGGCCUAAUUCAAAACUAUACCUCUAUGGAUCAUGUGCCAAUUCUUUUGGUUUCUCAAAUAGUGAUAUUGAUCUAUGUCUCUCAAUUGAUGACAAGGAAAUGAGCAAAGUUGAUAUUAUAUUGAAACUGGCAGACAUUCUUCAAGCUGGAAAUCUCCAGAAUAUUCAGCCAUUAACUCGAGCAAGGGUACCAAUAGUGAAGCUUACGGAUCCAGAAACAGGGCUUUCCUGUGAUAUAUGUGUCAAUAAUCUUUUGGCAGUUGUUAACACGAAACUUCUAAGAGAUUAUGCACAAAUAGAUAGAAGGUUACAGCAGUUGGCAUUCAUUGUGAAGCAUUGGGCUAAAUCUCGGCGUGUAAAUGAAACUUACCAAGGGACACUUUCUAGUUAUGCCUAUGUGAUAAUGUGCAUCCACCUCCUACAGUUGCGAAGAAUACUCCCAUGCCUACAGGAAAUGGAGGCCACUUAUUUUGUCACGGUGGAUCAAAAUAGCUGUGCUUACUUUGACCAAGUGGACAAGCUAAAUAACUAUGGUGGUCACAGCAGAGACACCUUAUCACGGCUGCUCUGGGCCUUUUUCCAUUACUGGGCAUACGAGCACGAUUACACAAGGGAUGUCAUAUCAAUUUGUACUGGAAGGAUUAUUAGUAAGGAGAGGAAGGAUUGGACGAGAAGGGUUGGCAAUGACAGGCAUCUCAUAUGCAUCGAGGAUCCAUUUGAGCUCUCCCAUGAUCUCGGUCGUGUCGUUGACAAGUUCACAAUCAAGAUACUCCGGGAGGAAUUUGAGCGAGCUGCCAAUAUAUUACAGUUUGAUCCGAACCCCAGUGUUACGCUUUUUGAGCCAUACGUGCCCCCUCCAAUUCCGAGCCUGAUGCAAGAAGGAACUGUGAAUGCUGCAGAAGUUGACCUAUGAUCGUAGUAUCUGGUGCUUCAAGUUGUUGUAUGUUCUGAAGUAAUUUCCUAAUAUGUUUCGUGCAUAUAACUGUACAACGGAGAGGUAUUUCCUGUGUAGGUCCAGGUGGGCGACAGUACUUGGCCGCCUCAUAGGAUGGCAGAUUAGCGAAGUAUGUGUGCGAGAGGCCCCUAGCAACCUUUGCUCUAGUGUCUAUCCAACUUCGUUUUUUGUUUGCCAAAGAAUAUCUCAUUCAUGGGACGGGGCUCCUAACAAAUUUAUGUAGAUUUGGCUGCAAAAUAAGGUUGGAAAAUAAGUAGUGACCUGACACCUUGAUGUCACUGUUAUAA